AUUUUUACUCGGUAAGCACGAACACGGACUCAGAUGCGAGGAUGGCCAGUUAGCAUCGCUCGCACAGUCAUUCCCUUCCCAACACCGCCACCAUGUAGAAAUCUCCUUCCCAAACGCGCACUCACCACGCGUCCCGAUCCAUUCCUUCUUGUCUCCGACCAACUCGCCCAAGUCCGCGGAGCCCUGUUCGAUCUGCUAGGUUCUUCAAGCCCAGCCUUGGACGAAAUAGCGAAAUACUACUUCCUCCAACCCUCAAAGCAGCUCAGACCACUGAUUAUCCUCUUACUCGCCCAAGCAACAAACGGUCUCGGAAAAAACUGGAACCAGAAGCGGCAGGAAGGCAUCCAAGACCUCGACCUCCCCUUAUCACGCCCAGACGUACUCAACGACUUUAACCCAAGCAUCCCCACCAAAACAUCCCCCUUCUCCCAAAAAUGGGACCUCCACCCUCCCACCACCACCACACCCACACCCACACCCAACCCCCUCCUCCUCCUCCCCACCCAAACCCGCCUCGCCCAAAUCGUCGAAAUGAUCCACGCCGCCUCCCUCCUCCACGACGACGUCAUCGACGAAUCCCCCCUCCGGCGCGGCGUCCCCUCCGCCCCCCACGCCUACGGCAGCAAGCUCUCCGUCCUCGGCGGUAACUUCAUCCUCGGACGCGCCAGCGCCGCCCUCGCGCGUCUUGGAGACCCCGAGGUCGUCGAACUUAUCGCGAGCAUCAUAUCCAACCUCGUCGAGGGGGAGAUCCUCCAGAUGAAGGAGGCCCCCGCACCGGCGAAUGCGUGGAGGGUCUAUUUGCAGAAGACUUAUAUGAAGACUGCGAGUCUUAUGGCCAAGGGCGCGAGGGGCGCUGUCGUGCUUGGGGGUUGUGUGGAGGGUGAGGUUUAUAGAGAGGUGGCUUAUGCGUAUGGUCGGAAUUUGGGUAUUGCUUUUCAGCUCGUCGACGACAUCCUAGACUACGAAGCCGGAGAAGCAACACUCGGAAAACCCGGAGGCGCCGAUCUCCAACUCGGACUCGCUACAGGUCCUGCCCUAUUCGCAUGGGAAGAACACCCCGAAAUCGGACCUCUCAUCGAACGAAAAUUCGCCCAACCAGGCGAUGUCGAGCUGGCCAGGGACUACGUGCGCAAGUCAUCAGGCGUAGAACGUACUCGCGAUCUCGCUCUUGCAUACGCCAAGCAAGCCCGAGACGUCCUGGCACCUCUACCCGAUAGCGACGCCAAGGGAGCACUCGAAGCUCUAACCGAACGCGUAGUAAAACGGAAAUCAUAGCCCUUGCUUGUAUCCCUUAUCUUUAUUAUUCAAUUCAGCUUUAUAUCCUUGCUCACGUCUGUGGAAGAUAAUCU